AUGGCAGCGGCCGCCACUACCAAGAUCCUUGUGUGCCUCCUACUUUUGCUCCUGCCGUCGCUCUGGUCCCGGGCUGGGCGAGCUGACCCUCACUCUCUUUGCUAUGACAUCACCAUCAUCCCUAAAUUUAGACCUGGCCCAUGGUGGUGUGCGGUUCAAGGCCAGGUGGAUAAAAAGACUUUUCUUCACUAUGACUGUGGCAACAAGACAGUCACACCCGUCAGUCCCCUGGGGAAGAAACUAAGUGUCACAAAGACCUGGAAAGCACAGAACCCAGUACUGAGAGAGGUGGUGGACAUGCUCACAGAGCAACUGCUUGACAUUCAGCUGGAGAAUUACACACCCAGGGAACCCCUCACCCUGCAGGCCAGGAUGUUUUGUGAGCAGAAAGCUGAAGGACACAGAAGUGGAUCUUGUCAGUUCAGUUUCGAUGGACACGUCUUCCUCCUCUUUGACUCAGAGAACAGAAUGUGGACAAUGGUUCAUCCUGGAGCCAGAAAGAUGAAAGAAAAGUGGGAGAAUGACAAGGACGUGACCAUGUCCUUCCAUUACAUCUCAAUGGGAGACUGCACAAGAUGGCUUAAGGACUUCUUGACGGGCAUGGACAGAACCCUGGAGCCAAGUGCAGGAGGUAACAGAAGAAGAAACGGGGAUCUCGAAUGAGAUCAGAAAUGGUGA